UUUGGACGUGUGCUUUUCGGUUCAUUCUCGCUGUGAUCCCCGAUCACGAUCCGUAUUUUCUAAUUUUCCAUUUGACGAUACAUACAUACAUAUGUAUUAAUGCGAACAUAUAUGUAUCUAUCAGUUAGCAGCAUUGCAAAGUGAUAUAUAUAUAAGUAAAGAACUGCAUGCGAUUGUUUCUCUCCGUCUCACUCGGUCUCGGUCUCUCUUUUUUGUGUCUGUACGUGUGUGUUUGAGUGGGCUGGCAAAUAAAACGAAAUGGAUACCGAUGAGAGACAAAAACAACAACAACACCACGAUCAAUGGUAUCAUGGGAGUUGGAAGGAACAGCAACAGCAGCAACAACAACAACAAUUGCUGGAACAUUUUUACACCCACAAUCAUCAUAGCAAUUCCUUAUCAGACAGCAGGGAUUAUGAUACAAAUUCAACACGAACCUCGCUAUCGGGUUCGCCGCCCGCUGCGUCAUCCGGCAGCGAGCUGCAAUUGGAUUUUGCCAGCAUUGAAGAGAAACCACUAUUGGCUAACCUUAUGAUGCCCGCCACAACCACAGCUGCUGCAUCCGUAUCUGGAUCACUUUCGGAGGCCAACAACAACGAGCAACAGGUGCUGCAUCCCAUAAGUUUAAGUUUAACAUUCGAGGCUGCAACAGCAGCAGCGGCAGCAGAUGAGCUGCAAGCGGCUACAUAUGCUCUAUUGGAGACGACACGUCCGGAUGUGGCGAAUGUCGAAGACGAUGAGGAUGACUAUGAUGAUGAUGAAGUCUUUACGCUUCGACCACUGACUGCGACGACAACGUCGACCUUCGAAUCAUCUGCAACACUAGAAACCACCAACCACAUGCCCAUUGCUGUCCUAUCCAUACCAUCAUCCGCAUCCACACCCGCAUCUACAUCAUCAAAUCAUUUGUCAUUGUUAACCAACCAUUCAGAGGAGGGGGUCGAGGAAGAGGACGACGACGACGAGGACGAGGACGUGGUAGAGGUGGAAGUGGAACAGGUUUAUAAUUUGGAUGACAUAUGCUUCACCUUGGAAUAUCAAUUUCAAAAUCAAAAACUUGUCCAAGUCCAGCCACCCACAGUGGUAUCGCUCAGCAUGCUGGCCGCCUCAUCCUCUAAUUCGGAGGCAAUGAACACAACCACACAAUCCUGUGACGAUUCAUCGCCAACAUAUUUUACCGUUGACACCAGAUCCAGCUAUGUAGAUGAUACAAAUGAGCCCGAUGAUGAGGAUGUUGAUUUGGCUCACUGCAUACGUCCGGUUGAGCUGCAUAGGGAGCGUGAAGAUGAGGAUCAACUUAUGGCCAUGGCCUAUGAGAGUUCCGAUGAGGCCCUCAGUCGCUAUAGAUGCAACUAUGAGAACUGUUAUCGCAGCUACAGUACGAUCGGUAAUCUGCGUACGCAUUUAAAAACACAUACAGGCGACUAUAGCUUCAAGUGCACAGAGAAGGGCUGCAAUAAGGCGUUCCUCACCUCAUAUAGCCUGAAAAUCCAUGUACGUGUCCAUACCAAGGUCAAGCCCUACGAGUGUGAAGUCACCGGCUGUGAUAAGGCCUUCAACACACGCUACAGAUUACACGCCCACUUGCGUCUACACAAUGGCGAGACAUUCAAUUGUGAAACGUGCCAGAAAUGUUUCACCACUCUCAGUGACCUGAAGAAGCACAUGCGCACCCAUACACAGGAGCGUCCCUACAAAUGUCCGGAAGAUGAUUGCGGCAAGGCAUUUACAGCAUCGCAUCAUCUAAAGACACAUAGGCGCACUCACACUGGGGAGAAGCCGUAUCCCUGCCAAGAAGACAGUUGCCAGAAGUCCUUUAGCACCUCGCACAGUUUGAAGUCGCACAAGAAGACCCAUCAGAGGCAACUGUUGAACAAGGGCAAAAAGAAAUCGAAACGGAAUAGCCAGAAGGGCCACAACGAAGAAGGGGCCCACCUAGAUUUGGAUCAGGAGCAAGUGCCACCGGAUGGAAACCUGGAUUCCGGUAGUCACAAUUCUGAGAGCACUAGUUCGGACAGUGGGGUGGUCGUUGUCCAGAGCAUGCCCGGCGGAACGAUCAUGGACCAAAUGCCUCCGGAGUUGAUACCCAACGCCAACAAUGUGUUUGUGCUGCAGGAGGAGCAGCCCUUGAGCCUGCCAGCAGAGACAUCACAGGCCUUCCAAUUGUCCUAUGCUGCCGAAGAGGAGUUGCCCAGACCUUGGAUAGAUGCGGCGAUACUUGUACCUAAACCCAUUAUGCCUAUGGCUCCACUCACAGACACCUGCGGGGUUGCCCUGCCCACCGAGAUGCCCAGUUUUGUGGAUCUGAAGCCAAGUUAUGGCAAUGCCGCGGUCAGCGGCGAAAUGGAAGUGGAUGCUGCCACCACGUCGUCACCUCUGGAGUUGAAUCAACAGAAUAUCGAUGAACUACUGAAAGAUGAUAGCUUUGAGAAUGAUGAGGACAUGGAAACGGAAUCCCUGCUCAAUGACAUCCUUAUGACCAUUGACAACAACAGUGCGCUACUCCAAGCGACCUUGCAGCAGGCCUCCCAAGUGCCCAGCGACGCCUCCGGAUUGAUUGAGCUGGACAUUAGGGACAAUAAGCCGACUCUCAAACAGAUCACAGCAGAUGCGGGCAUCUGUAAUUGCACCAAUUGUAAAUGUGAUCAAACGAAGAGUUGUCAUGGCGGAGACUGCGGUGCAGCAGCGGCGGCUGGCGGCAGUGAGAAGGCGCCGAUUACCAAGGUCGUCACAAAGGUAACCACAUCUGCCACUGGUGGCAAACGCAUGUGCGGCAAAAAAGUGAGUAAACGUCAAGAGGAAAUGAAUCAGAAUAUCGAGGAUGUUGCUUUGCUGUUGCAAAAUUUGGCUUCCAUGGGCACUGGCAAGGUAUCCAGCGGCGGUGGCUGCUGCGGUGGAGGUGGUGCCAAAGCCACCACUCCACAGCCACCAACGGCCACUCACGCCAAGAGCGGUGGUUGUGGCUGUGCAACGACGAUGCCUACUCCUCCACCCGCCACCACCAAUAAUUGCUGUGGUGGUGGUGCUGCUGCUGCUCCGCCUCCUCCAGUUAGCAAUUGUUGCGGCGGAGUAUCUAAUCCUAGCCCUACUACUACUCCUCCUGCUGUUGCUGCUUCUACUGGCUGCUGUGGCCAGAAAUCACCAGCUACUACCACUCCACCAGCUUCCUCUAACUGUUGCCAGCAGUCAAAUCAAAACAACACCAACUUCAAUUCCAGUGGUAGAUCUGCCCCGCCUACUGCUGCAGCUACCGCAAUAAAGAGCAACUCGUGCACCUGCAAGAGUCCUGCCGAAGGCGUGGCCAAUGGCUGUUGUGUUGUAAUCUGCAUUAAAACGCUGCAAGCUCUACGCAAAGUCCUAACGCGCCGGAAUCUAAACCUAAUGCUUUGUCCACAGCAGAACUAAACCAAUCGUAAACCAAACCGUAAUUUAACUCUUCAAUUAAAUCAUCAAGUGAUCAAUUUAGUUGGUUUGGUUAAUUAACUUACCCCAAUCCAACCCACACAGCACAGGCCUUAAAAAUAUCUGCUCAUCCGUUCCGUUGAUCGCAGAUUAGACCAAAGAUAUUCAGUAUUUUCCGAGCUAAUGUAGUUUCAGAAUGGUUCAGUUUAAUUCAGUUUGAGGAAAAGUUGCAUGACAAUGAGUAAAAUUCAUACAACUAAAUACAAACAUCAAGAAAACGUUACCAGUUUUUCGCAAUCUACAAUAAAGCAAAUGUCGGGAUCAUUCAGCAAAAUUUAAUCAUUUUCCCAGUUCACUAAUUGACCCAAAUUAAUGAUGAUGGUAAGGGAUGAUCAUAGAAAUCGGUUGACUAAUUGUACAUACAUAUUACACAGUAUACAAAGUUUAUCACAUUUUUCUUCAGUUAGCGAUGGGUAUAUCUUUUGCCGGCCUGUGUAAAAUGCAUUUAGAGACAGAGAGUAAAACCACCCAACCAAAGCAAAAAUACAAAUCAAGCAAUGAAUGAAACUAAAACUUGUGAUUCGAAAAGCAGCUACCAAAAAACGAGAAUAAAAAAAACAAAACAGUGGAGUAUUCCUUAAAACCGUAACCAUUAAAAAAUGAGCUUUAAACUAAAUUUUACCUAUUUGUUAUUGUUAAUUUUCGAACAAAGAAAAGAAACUAAAUGAAAUUCAUCAUAACACUUUGCAACAAAAAAAAAAAAAAAAAACUAAUCUUACCCUUAAUUCUAUUUUGAUACUUGUUGAUUUUUGUUUUGUAUAUCUC